CAAAUUGUACAUGGGCAUACUUUAUCGUAGGUGAGCUUGAACGGGCUUCUAGGCUUCCUAGAUGCUCGUUAUAGUCGAGUCUUCCUCUAUCUUAUGCUCUAGAGCAAAUAAUUGACGCCGAUUUGGAAGUACGUGAGAGUUUCUGAAUCUCAAGGAUCGCUACCUCUUACCGCCGGUCGUUACAUACCUAUAUAAAUGUUAGACUUACCCGAGGAGAUAUUAAUAUUACUCGUUGAUAUUUCUGUUAUAUUAUCUCGUUACCUUGUCGCUUCUCUUGAUAUUUUUGACGAUAUUAGGUGAUAAUCAUUGACAAUAGUAGGUAUGGAGCUAAGACCUGUUCGCUGAACAUCCUGUCCGAUUUCGAAGUAUCCAUGGAAGCCAUGUGCGAGAAACGGCCAUAGCGCCCCAGGAUAAUAAUAAAAAAAUUUCUAUGUUUUCUUCAAGCAUUGCGUCGCGUGAUGAUCAUCCUCUAUACUUAGUAAUAUCACAUUCCCUCGUUUUGCGAUCAAUUCCUCACGAAUUCAGCUCUCAAAUUAUUAUUCCCAGAUUGCCUCCGUCGACAUCUUGGGUGGAAGUAAUCUUCUUUUGUUGGACUCAAUGGAUGACGACAAUGCUCAAUAUAGUGGACCCGGGGCUAGUCCUAGUUGCCGGCGCGUUAACCUUUCUCGGCUUACCACUAAGGAACUGGUUUACUACGUCGCCACUUCUGUCGCCCGCUCUAUCGCCGGCCUUCACGAUGACUUGCCCGAUAGAUUCGAACACCUAGAGCAAGUCGUGCAAGGCGAAUCCAAUGACUGGAAGGAGAUCUUGGAAGAUAUCGGGAAGAAUCUCGAAUCUUUGCAGCAAACCCUUGAUGACUGUCAGGAGGGUCAGGAAGGCGAAGACGGGGUGAAGGCACUUGUCCGCUCAGUAGACGACCAGAUUACUGAGGUACAAACUGGACAAGACCGUCUUUUUGAAGAAAUGAACACAUACGCGCGCAGCACCCAAGCCCUAGUUGAUGGUAUGAAAGACUCCAUAUUGGAUAUACUCAACGCUCAAACGAAAUCUUUACACGCUGAAGUCCGGGCAUUACGUGAAACUAGCGGCCAAACGGCUCGGUUCCCUCAAUUCAGGAAACUGCCAGCUGAAAUUCGAUUCAUGAUUUGGGAUUUGGCACUCCCACGACGCAUGGUAUGCGUCGAAGAAUAUUCUAGCAACACCGGUUAUUUUGGGGGUGUUGGAUACCGAUUUACGUCGAAAUCACUGCCACCUUCGGUCGCCCAGGUCUGCCGAGAGUCUCGGGCUGUGGCGUGCCAAGACGGUGGGCUCGUGUCGAUAAGAAUUGGGAACUCGCUCCCCUCGAAAAAAUGGGCGUGGUUCGAUCCACGCCGAGAUAGUCUCUUUCUGGAGACUUGCUUAGAUCAAUUCUAUGGCAUAGAAAUGAUAAAGGAACUUACCAGCCGCGCUCAGCAUGUCACCAUAGAAUGUGGACCACCCGCAUGUGGUGAAUGCGGCUACUUUGAUUGCUUGUUCAGCCCGUAUUACUUCCCACAGUUGAAGGCUGUCGAUACUGUGGAGGAAGCGUACACCCAUCCCGAACGUAAUGACCCGGUUCUGGAGGCUCGAUUAUUUGGACAUGACAGUGACCAGCCUAUUUCUAUCGACAAGGAAGACCAAUCUGCUAAAGAUGCUCUGAUAAGAAAGUUGAGGACAAACCACUCAUCUGAGGAUGUUGACAAGCUUCAAAGAUUCUUAGAGGCCAAAACAGACGAAUGUAGUCAGAUACACGAUGGCAUUCAUGACCGCGGUCAAUGUUGGUGCAGUCGCGAGAAAGCAUUGCACGAUAAAUGGUUUAUCACCCAAUACAACUGGGACGUCUUGGGCGGCGAGGAUAAAGAAGGCAGGCCGGUAAGAAUCAAUGGAAAGGAAUGGCCCGGGCUAACUUCCCAAUGGCUUGUCGAGAUGAAGCAGAGGAAGCCUGCUAUCCGGCGUGUGGCUUUACUUCGCCUGGAUUCUUACCAUCUGAUGGAGAGACGGUGAAAGGCAAUAUCUAGCUAGAUGUAUGUUUCUUGGUUUCUUACUGCGGCCGUGUUUUGUGUUAGUUCGAAUUUGGGGGGUUGUUAGCCGGGUGCACCUCACGGAGAAUAGGGGUUAUUAUCGAUACGUUGUGGAGUGAGAUUUAUGAAUACCUUGGGAGCCUUCACGGUCUCACAGGAAGCCGGGUCAUAGUACUAGGCUUCUUCGGAUUGGGACUCGACUGACUUUAAUUUCGAUUCAUCUGGCAUCCUAUAUACGAGUUCAACAAAUUCAAGUUUUAAUAUGCAGGACGAUACCCGAUUUAUAGCAUUGUAUGUAACUUAAAAAUGCUGGACUUUGGACAAGCAGUAUUUAGCAGCACUCAUGACAUGUUUGAUGACUUGGUAAACUCGGUAGUUCGAAACAUGAAGUGUUUUUAAAAUAUGAAUAUCUAGAAG